AUGGCGCGGGCGGCGUCAGCGCCGAGGGGCUCGGGCGAGGGCCGGGCUGUGGGCGCCCGGGCGGCGCGGUGCAUUGUGGGGUGGAGGCGGCUUUGGGCUGGGCCGCGUAGCGUUUGGAGGGUCGGGGCCAUGGCUUCCUGGGCCGCGCUUUCGCCCAGCAUCGUGGAAUAUUUCGAGGGCGAGGAUUUCUACCGCUGCGGGUAUUGCAAGAACGAGUCGGGCAGUCGCUCCAAUGGCAUGUGGGCACAUUCCAUGACUGUACAGGAUUAUCAGGAUCUCAUCGACCGAGGAUGGCGAAGAAGUGGGAAAUAUGUGUACAAACCUGUCAUGAAUCAAACAUGUUGUCCUCAGUACACAAUAAGGUGCCGACCUUUACAGUUUCAGCCAUCAAAAUCUCACAAGAAGGUUUUGAAAAAAAUGUUGAAAUUUCUGGCUAAAGGGGAAAUUUCAAAAGGAAAUUGUGAGGAUGGGCCCAUGGAGCCCACCAUGGAGGAUGCCGUUGCCAGUGACUUUGCAUUAAUAAAUAAAUUGGAUAUACAGUGUGACCUUAAAACGCUCAGUGAUGACCUCAAAGAGAGCUUAAAGAGUGAAGAGAAGAAGAAAGGAAAGAGCUCCAAGAGGGAAGAAUCUAAAGAAUUAAUCCAGUCACAAGAUAUGGAAGAGAAGUUGGACUCUGGUGAACCAUCACAUUCAGUAAAAGUGCAUACAGUUCCUCAGCCAGGCAAAGGGGCAGAUUUGAGUAAGCCUCCAUGUCGAAAAGCAAAGGAAAUCCGGAAAGAAAGGAAAAGGUUAAAACUCAUGCAGCAGAACCCAGGUGGAGAACUGGAGGGUUUCCAGGUUCAGUGUCAGCCACCAUCUUUGUUCCCACCAAAGGCUAAAUCCAACCAGCCCAAGUCACUUGAAGAUUUAAUUUUUGAAUCUUUACCAGAGAGUGCAUCACACAAGUUUGAGGUGAGGCUAGUACCUGUCUCCUUUGAGGACCCCGAGUUCAAGUCGUCCUUCAGCCAGUCAUUUUCUUUAUAUGUCAAGUAUCAAAUGGCCAUACACCAGGACCCGCCUGAUGAAUGUGGGAAGACCGAGUUCACAAGAUUCCUUUGCAGCUCACCUUUGGAGGCAGAGAAUCCCCCUUAUGGACCAGAUUGUGGUUAUGGUUCCUUUCACCAGCAGUACUGGCUUGAUGGAAAGAUCGUUGCUGUGGGGGUGAUUGACGUCCUUCCAUACUGUGUCUCGUCUGUAUAUUUGUACUACGAUCCUGAUUAUUCGUUUCUGUCUUUGGGUGUCUACUCUGCACUCCGAGAAAUUGCUUUUACUAGGCAGCUUCAUGAGAAAACACCUCAACUCAGCUAUUACUAUAUGGGUUUCUACAUUCAUUCAUGUCCCAAGAUGAAAUAUAAGGGUCAGUAUAGACCAUCUGAUUUGCUGUGUCCUGAGACGUACGUUUGGGUACCCAUUGAGCAGUGCCUGCCUUCACUUGAGAACUCCAAGUACUGCCGUUUCAACCAGGACCCAGAAGCAGUGGAUGAAGAUCGCAGUAAGGAACCUGACCGCCUGCAGGUGUUUUACAAGAAGGCCAUAAUGCCUUACGGUGUGUAUAAGAAGCAGCAGAGAGACCCGAGCGAGGAGGCCACGGUGCUGCAGUACGCGAGCCUGGUGGGGCAGACCUGCUCCGAGCGGAUGCUGCUCUUCAGAAACUGA